AUAAAGAUUUCCGGUCUCCAUUUUAUUGUAGCUUGCAGAUACAGACAGGCGGUUCGAAGAAGGACAGGAAACGAAUCGACUAUCAGUGUUUGUUUUAAAAUACGUUACGUUUCUCAUUCACGUUUGCGGAGUAUCAAUUUUUGUUUUGAAAAUUGAGGCCUGUUGAAAUGGGAGAUCCAGCCAUGCAUCGAGAUUGCCCUCUCGACUGCAAGGUCUACGUGGGAAACCUGGGGAACAAUGGCAAUAAGACAGAGCUGGAGCGGUCAUUCGGCUAUUAUGGGCCACUUCGCAGUGUCUGGGUAGCUAGGAACCCCCCAGGCUUUGCUUUUGUGGAAUUUGAAGAUCCAAGGGAUGCAACCGACGCAGUGAGAGAACUUGAUGGAAGGACAUUAAGUGGUUCCCGUGUGCGAGUGGAGCUGUCCAAUGGUGAGAAACGCACCCGCAACCGGGGUCCUCCUCCAUCGUGGAGCCGACGUCCACGAGAUGACCAUCGUGGGCGUCGUGGUAGCCCGCCCGCCAGGCGCAGAUCCCCACGUAGGAGGAGCUUCAGCCGCAGCCGAAGCAGGUCUCUCUCCAGAGACAGGAAGAGGGAGAGAUCUUUGUCCCGGGACAGGAACCACAAACCCUCAAGAUCAUUUUCCCGAUCAAGGAGCCGCUCCAGGUCUACGGAGAGAAAGUAAGGAAAUGCAUGGCAGUCGAGUUUGACGGCGAAGAAGAUGAAUUAACUUUUUUUUUUUUUACGGAUAUUUUAGCGGUUUCAUUUUUGCUUCUCUGUGAUAUGUAAGGUAUCCAAUUCCUCUGUAUUUUGUAAAUAAGUUGGUAUGCAGGUGUAACGCAUGACUAAAAUGGUUGUUAGUCCUGUUAAUGCCAAGACAUACCGUAGUUGUCCCCAAGCAGUAUUUCAUCAAUCAUUAUAAGCGUUCUCUAUUUGUCCAUGAGUACGGAAACACACAAUUCUAAUAGUCUAGUGCUCAAGUCAUAUUCCAUGUCAGCAAGAUUAGUGUGUCUGGAUGUGGUGGAAGGCUAUGGACAGCUAUCCUAUUGUCGGUUAAUAUACCGAUAUGUUUUAUAUUGACCUCUAGGACUUCCACUAUUCUUCCAGUUCCUGUUGGUAAAGGUUUGUCUUUGCAAAUAAUGGCGCCCACUGUUUUUCUUUUCCUUGAUAUUUGUACUACUUAUGUUCUCUGAAUUAAACUAGUUGUAAAAAGGC